AUGGAGGAGAACGACGACAGUACGCUUGGUCUUGGCCAUAGCAGCCAAGCAGAUGAAUUGCCUGCAGCUGUGUUUGAAGAUCCAGUAGCCUGUGCUCCAAGUUCUACUAGUUUUGAGCCUUCCACUGAAGUUGGUUCAUCAGAUGAGAGCAAAUGCCAAGAUGCUCAUGACCUCGGGUACUUGACAUUUAAUCCUUUAUUUUCUCAGACAGCAUGCUUGACAAACAUUCAAGAGGAGAGUUCUAGCUCUGGUCAAAAGCUUGGAUCAAGGAUUGUCUUAGCAAGUCUACGAUCAGAAUAUCUCAAAGUUGAUCCUGAGAAGAGUGGGGCAAGCAAAAAUGUACCAAUUAUUAAUAGGUCAAGAAAGGCAUCAAAGGUCAAGUGGUCGCCGUUCUUCGUGAUGAGCUGCUCCGACGACGGCUUCCAGCAGCAAGUCAGCAAAGAAAUGAAGUUUGGGACAGGAAUAUGGACCUCUGGACAUGACAAAAAAGAGAAGAAAACAACUCCCACAAAGAUCGUGGCUUUGAGCAAGUUCUGA